AUGUGCCUGCUUCUGUUUCCCGAUCCUUUUCUCGGGUUUUUAGGUCGGCCUCCUGGGGAAGGAGCGAAAGAGGAUUGUGGGUCGCGAGUCGUGCUACGUUCAGCUCCCACGGCUGUGUGGUCAACCAGCGAGGGCCUGGCGGAGCGCGGCGGCGCACGGAGACCGCGGGGCGACCGGGAGCGGCUGGGCCCCCGGCGGCGCGCCCCUCGGCUGUGCCGGGAGCCGCGCCAGUCGGAGCCCCCGGCAGUGCGCGGCCCGCCUCCCUCUCAGCAUCCAUCUGUCCGGAGUGCAGCCAGCGGGCAUGACCGACCCACCAGGGGCGCCGCCGCCGGCGCUCACAGGCCGAAGGUGAAGAAGAAAGUGCGGCCCCGCUCGACCCGGAGCGAAGAGGUGGCCCGGAGCGGGAAGGUGGCCCGGAGCGAGCAGGGGAUCCGGAGCGAGGAGGUGACCCAGAACGCGGAGGGGAGCCUCAGCGAGGAGGAGACACGAAACGAGGAGGAGACCCGGAGCGAGGAGGGAACCCGGAGCGAGGAGGGGACCCGGAGCGAGGAGGGGACCCGGAGCGAGGAAAUGGCGGCAGCUGGGCUCAGCGUGACCGUCACCCACAGCAAUGAGAAGCAUGACGUUCAUGUUACCCCGCAGCAGGGCAGCAGCGAACCAAUUGUCCAAGACCUGGCCCAGGUUGUUGAGGAGGCCACAGGAGUUCCACUGCCUUUUCAGAAACUCAUAUUUAAGGGAAAAUCUCUGAAGGAAAUGGAGACACCAUUGUCAGCACUUGGAAUACAAAAUGGUUGCCGGGUCAUGUUAAUUGGGGAAAAGAACAGUCCAGAAGAAGAGGUUGAACUAAAGAAGUUGAAAGAUUUAGAGAAGUCUGUGGAGAAGAUAGCUGAUCAAAUGGAAGAAUUGACUAAAGACCUUACUGGAAUCCAGCAGGGUUUUCUGGCCAAGGAUUUGCAAGCUGAAGCUCUCUGCAAACUCGAUAGGAGAGUAAAAGCCACAAUUGAGCAGUUUAUGAAGAUCUUGGAGGAGAUUGACACACUGAUUCUACCAGAAAAUUUCAAAGACAGUAGACUGAAAAGAAAAGGUUUGGUGAAAAAGGUUCAGGCAUUCCUUGCUGAGUGUGAUACAGUGGAGCAGAACAUCUGCCAGGAGACUGAGCGGCUGCAGUCUACAAACUUGGCACUGGCCAAGUGAAGUGCAGUAGAGAGAGGCUGUGCUGCCUGGAAGAACAGCACCACCAGCUCUGCCCUCUCUGGAACAGAAGUUACCUGAUUUCUCCAGAAUUGCCAGGGGCAACUGGCUGAUUGCCAAUUUUCCUACUCCUAUGCUGGUUCUCAAUGAAAAAGUAUUGUCUUUGCAAUCUUAAGUAGAGCUCCUGUCUGUUUUCUCAUUCUGUCUCUGUGUGACUGUGCUAUCCAACAGCCCACCUUUUCUGGAGAGGGCCUCCCCUGCCCAAGGUUUCUCAGCUGUUUUGACCUUUGGGUGCUUUCUUUGGAGUGGUGUGAGCUCUUAUUUGUCCUGGGCUAGUUCUGGGUAUUUACAGGCCAUCUGGUUUUCAAAUACAUCAGAGCUUUUUUGCCCUUGUGAUCUCAUAGUUCCAUAGAUGUAAAAUCAGAAUCACCAGGAGGCUACAUCUACUCAUGAAUCUUGGGAACGACUGGCAUACAGGCAGUCCAAGUAUCCCUCAUUGUGACCUAAUUCCAGAACAUCUGGUUGGUUGUUGGUUUAUAGACCCUUUCCUCACCUCCCUGUGCAGCCACAGGCCAUGAGAUACAAGGGGGCCUUUCCUGGUGUGGGGCCUAUGGUUGAUGAAUGGACUUCCUUGUCCCCAAUCAAAUCUUCAGAAUGUUAGAACCUAGUGUUGACUGAUUCUCUGCCUAAAGCCAGGCCAGAGCCAUGGUUUAGCUUAGGAAGGGCAAAAAGGGGUAACCAGAAUGACUAAAGCAGGCAGGUGGUAAAGUCAGCCAGAAACUUCUCAGAAGUGACAUGUGCUUCCUUCAAAGGCAUUUCUGUUUACUAUACCCUUCUGAGAUCUAUGUUUUCUUCAAGGCUGUUCCUGUUGGUUUUGUGGACGGCCCCCCAUUGUUACUAAAAAACAGUUUGUAUGCCCAUCAUCAAGCAGAGGAGUGUUUUAUUUUUGUGUGAUUGUUAAGUUAUAAAAAGGAAAGGCUUCUGUGGCCCUAUUCAUAAUUUAUGUUUAAUAAAGUUUGUAAUGGCCUUGUGUGCCAGAACUCUUUUUAAACUGGUCAGCUACUGUCACCUCAUUCUUCAGCAAAGUGCCCAGGAGACAGGCUGCCAACAAUCUACUCUGAGGCCUACCUCAUUUGGCAGAGAGGGAUACACUGAAGUCCCAGGAAUUAAGGACUGGGUUGAUAAGGCCUCAGAAUGGUGGUAGAGGUGGAUGAGCAGACAGUGCUCAGGGCCCAGCCUAGCCCACCUCACCCCCAACUUUAAUCAGAGUAGUUUGCUAUUUAUCUGUUUUUAUAUCAUAGUUGUGUGGUCUUGGGCCACAACCUUUCAUGAGAAGUUACUGUGUGCCAGACACUAAGUUUUUCAUUUAUAUUAUAGUCAUUUAAUCUUCACAUAAUCUAAGAGGUAGGCAGGUAUUAUCCCCAUUUUAGAGAUGAAGACACUGAGAGAACUUAGGUGAUUUGCUCAAGGUCGUAAAGUAAAUGGCAGAGCCAGUACACAAAGCUGGGCAGUUUGAUCUCAGAGCCUGUGCUUUUAGUCUCUGCUGUACUGCCUCCAAACUGAACAGGGUUGCACAUGCUCCAUUCUCUUAUUCUCUCUCUCUCUCUCCAAGCUCUUUCCUCUCUUGAUCUCCCAUGUUGGUCGUUUCACUUCCUCUCUGGCUCUCUCCAGUUCAUUCUUCACAGAGCAGCCUGAGUGAUCAUAAAGUGCAAAUCUCAUGUCAGUCCCCUGCUUAGAAACCUCCAGUGGCUCUCCAUGUCUCUUAGGAUAAAGGCCAAAAUUACCCUACACUUUCUCCCAUCUCAUCUUGAACCCCUCACCUGUUUGCUCUCUGUGGGCAGCCUCUCCAGUCUUCUUUCAGGUCCUCAGAUGUUUAGAUCACAGUGUGAGCUGACCCCAGACUUGCUCCUUGGGCUCUGCAGUGGAUUGAAUUAUGUCCCCCCAGAACUCACUGAAACUUGAAUUGUGUCCCCCAAGUUUUAUGUAUUAGAAACUUAGCCCCCACUGUGACUGUUAAGAGGGUGGGAGAUCCUAUUAUGAUAAUUGAAAGGUGGAGCUUUGAAGAGGUGAUUGGAUUGUAAGAUUGUGCAGUAGUGAAUGGAUUAAAAAUGGUGGGGGAGGGGGUUCUGAGGGCUUUAAAAGAAGAGGGGAGUCUGUCUGCUCUCUCUUGCUCUCUCUGCUUCUACCAUCUUGCAGUGUGAGACCCCUGGGUUACUGUUGCCACCAUCAGAUAGACCUUGGACUUCCCAGCCUCAGAAACUGUAAGCAAUAAAUUUCGUUUUUCUUUAUAUGUCA